UGCCAUCGUGUCGGGAUUGGAAUGUUACAGAGUAACAAUCGAAACAUUUGAGCAUUUGGUAAUUGGACACAAGAAUCAAGGAAUCCCGUUUUUAUAAAAAUGUCAAUGUAUUUGCAAAGUCACAUGGUAACUGGAAAUACUGUUUGAGGUCGUUGCGUCAAUUUAUUCGUUUAGGCAUACGCCUAUCUCCGAAGAGAUUAUUUUUGCGUAUAUGAGGUCUGUCGGGAGAUUAAAACAUAAGAGAAAUGCAGGGAUUCGUGAGGCUACAGUUGCACUGAUGAACUGCUCUUGUUCUACGACGGUUUCCUCGUUCGUUCAUUGAACCAUGGAGUGAAAUAUCGCCGAAUUAUACUCCCGAGGCAUCUGGAUCUAAAAGCCGACCUCACCGAAGGCUUUAAACCACAGACAGCGUGUUAACAAAUCUUAACCGUGGGAUACAUUUUCUGUGUUGGCCAAGGCAGGAAACCACAUGAACCCCUGCCGCUACUCUACAGGGGAAAGAGUUGGUAAAACGCUUCGGGCAUCUCUAACCGGGCGCAGUUUUACAUUUGAAUACAGACUGGCUGAAUGAAGGAGAGAGAGGGAGAGAGGGGCAAAGGGAGUAUAUGAAUGCUUUUACUUGGUCGAGGGGGAAUUUUGUUGCCCAGAGACACUAUAUUGUGAAAUGGACAAACUAGAUAGAGAGAGAGAACGCAUUUAAAAUCGCCCACAUGCGCUGGAUCAAUCGCUGGAUUGGGGAACGGAAUACGAAGAAGGGGGAAGACGCGAGUUUGAAAUCUUUGCAGGCUGGAAGAUGGCGGAGCGGUGUAGUUGGAGGUGGUGAGAGCCUAACUUCGGGACACUUCAAUUUUAUUUGUAAAAAAACUUGCCCCUAUUCGUAGGACACAUGCAGGCCAAAAAACGAUAUUUAUUCCUGCUCUCUGCCGGUGCAUGUCUAGUUCUACUGUUCUACUUUGGAGGGGUACAACUUCCAGCGUCGGGCAGAAAUCGGCAUGACCGUAGUCACAAUGGAUAUCGCCCCGACCAGCCGUGGCCACACUUCUCUGACCCUUUACAACAGUUCCUACCUUGGGAUCAACUGGACACUGAGGAGUACAACAUUCACAUAUCACCGAGGCAGAAGAGGGACGUUAAUACAAGCGUGUACAAGGGCAAAAGAUGUCGCAUGGAUUCGUGCUUUGAUUUCUCUGCAUGUAAAAAGAACGAUUUCAAAGUGUAUGUCUACCCCCAGCAGAAGGGGGAGAAAAUCUCAGAAAGUUACCAGAAUAUUUUAUCGACCAUUGAGGGAUCCAGGUUCUACACCACUGACCCGGGACAAGCUUGUCUAUUCAUCCUGAGCUUGGACACCCUGGACCGGGACUCGCUCUCGCCACAGUACGUGCACAAUCUCAAAACCAAGGUCCAGAACCUUCAUCUCUGGAACAACGGCAGGAACCAUCUCAUAUUUAACUUGUACUCUGGGACAUGGCCGGACUACACGGAAGACCUAGGUUUCGACAUAGGCCAGGCCAUGUUGGCCAAGGCCAGCAUCAGUACCGAGAAUUUCAGGCCCAACUUUGACGUGUCCAUCCCGCUGUUCUCCAAGGAGCACCCUAGGACCGGAGGGGACAGGGGGUACCUAAAGUACAACUCCAUUCCACCUUUCAGGAAAUACAUGCUUGUGUUUAAGGGGAAACGAUACCUUACAGGUAUAGGGUCAGACACGAGGAAUGCCUUAUAUCAUGUCCAUAAUCAGGAGGACGUGGUGCUCCUCACCACCUGCAAACACGGCAAGGAUUGGCAGAAACACAAGGACGCACGCUGCGACAAGGACAAUGCAGAAUAUGACAAAUAUGACUACAGAGAGAUGCUGCACAACUCCACUUUCUGCCUGGUGCCUCGGGGCAGACGCCUGGGAUCCUUUCGCUUCCUGGAGGCACUGCAAGCAGCCUGUGUGCCUGUGAUGCUGAGUAACGGUUGGGAGCUGCCCUUCUCUGAGAUCAUCAACUGGAACACGGCGGCCGUCAUUGGGGACGAGAGGCUCCUGCUACAGAUCCCGUCCACGGUGCGCUCCAUCCAUCAGGAUAAGAUCCUAGCUCUGAGGCAGCAGACCCAGUUCCUGUGGGAGGCCUACUUCUCCUCCAUGGAGAAGAUUGUGCUGACUACUCUGGAGAUCAUCCAGGACCGGGUGCUGCAGCAGGAGUCCAGGAGCACCUUGAUGUGGAACAGCCACCCCGGGGGGCUCUUCGCCCUGCCACAGUACUCUGCCCACUUGGGAGACUUCCCCUUCUACUACGCCACCCUAGGUAUAAAACCGUACCCCAAGUUCACAGCUGUCAUCCAUGCAGUCACCCCCCUGGUCUCCCAAUCCCAGCCCAUCCUCAAGCUCCUGGUGGCUGUUGCCAAAUCACCGUAUUGUGCACAGAUCAUUGUGCUGUGGAACUGUGACAAGCCUCUCCCUGCUAAGCACCGCUGGCCUGCAACCUCCGUGCCCGUCAUUGUCAUCGAGGGAGAAAACAAGGUGAUGAGCAGUCGCUUCCUGCCCUACGAGACCAUUGUCACCGACGCCGUGCUCAGCCUGGAUGAGGACACUGUACUCUCAACCACAGAGGUGGACUUUGCCUUCACGGUGUGGCAGAGCUUCCCAGAGAGGUUGGUGGGCUACCCGGCCCGGAGCCACUUCUGGGACAGCAACAAAGAGCGCUGGGGCUACACUUCCAAGUGGACCAACGACUACUCCAUGGUGCUGACCGGAGCUGCCAUUUACCACAGAUAUUACCACUUCCUGUACACCAAUUUCCUGCCAGCCAGCCUGAAGGGCAUGGUGGACCAGCUGGCUAACUGUGAGGACAUCCUCAUGAACUUCCUGGUGUCAGCCGUCACCAAGCUGCCGCCCAUCAAGGUCACCCAGAAGAAGCAGUACAAAGAGACCAUGAUGGGACAGUCGUCGCGGGCUUCGCGCUGGGCCGACCCGGACCACUUCGCCCAGCGGCAGACGUGCAUGAACAAGUUCGCCAGCUGGUUUGGCGGCAUGCCCCUGGUCCACUCCCAAAUGAGGCUGGACCCGGUGCUGUUCAAGGACCAGGUCUCCAUCCUGCGCAAAAAAUACAGGGACAUCGAGAGGCUCUGACAGGACAUGCGCCCCCUGCUGGAGAGGCCGGGGGAGGCGUUAGCGGUAGUAACAGACAGACUCGCUGGAGAGCAGCCGUAGGAGGACCACGACAGUGGCAGUAGGACAGUCAGCCAACCUGGAGCCUGAUCCUAGGGGGCGCUACAGCUCUGUCUCCCACUCAGCACAUUGCCAAUGACCACAGGACUUGACAAGUGAAACAAGGGAAAUUGCGGUCUCUGGAGAACUACGCGCAUACACACACACAAAGGAUAUACAGAUCUAUAGUAUGUUCACAUAAACACACAAACUACUGACAAUGAGACUCUUAGAUAUAAUAUUUUUUUGUAUGAAUGCCACAAAGGAGCGAAUGAUGACAGACUUUCCUGUGACUCAUGUGCAGGAUGGUAGAGGAAGGGAGGUGUCCAACAUGACAACCCAACCACAGAUCAUAUCCGCCACGGACUGGUAACCUAGACUCAAUGCAACCCUUCCUAACCUCACCUUGACCCCUUCAUGACCUCCCUAUGUCUGCAUCAGAACCCCUGACGCAUUCACCACCAGCCCCUUCUCUGGACCCUGGGAAACCCCUAUAACUAUUUCUUUCCUUAUUUUUCGAUCCAUACUUCCCUCCCAUGUGUUUGCUGGGGUUUGAAGCGUUGGGGGCGUCUUAUCUUCCUAAGAACUGUUCCGUGAUUUAAUCAAAUUCAGCAUUUGGCGGUCAAGGUCGAGAAAGUAGAGUUUUGUUAUUCUUUUACUGGAAGGACAGAUUAAAAGCGGCCAUUUUGAAAUGGUGCCACUCGUAUUGCCAUGCGGCAGUCACAAAACCGACAGAAACAUGAACUCUAUGCUCAUUCCUUGAAUUUCUGAUAGCUUGAUUUCUAUUUCUGUCAGAUUUAUCGCAAUGAUAAGCCUUUUUUUCCUUCAAAACUCUCAAAAGCAGUGUUACUUUUCUUCUCAUGUGUUUAUUUUCUCCUCAAAAGUUCAGCUCCAGUGUGUGUACAGAGGCUAAAAGUAAGCUCAUCCAACCAUAAGCCCAAACAGAGUACUUUCCCUCUGUCGGAAUGAGCAAAAUGAACAUUUCUCGAUGAAAUGGAGCAGAACACUGCCUUCUAAACCAAACCCUUUUCACCCAUUUAUUUCCCCUUUAUUGCUUACGAGCACUACCGUGGCAGAAGGAGUGUAUGCUAAAUUUAGAACCUAACCAGUUCUUUAGUUGCCUGCGUCAUUUCCACAGUAAUGUUAAGAGAUUCUUGAGAUGUGAGUGUGAAACGUGUCUGUUGUGCCAUGUCCCCGAAAUUCACAUUAGUGCUGCCUUUUUAAACUGCUUAUUGCACAUAUUUCCCAUAAAUCGAUAUAUCAAAAGCAGUAGAAGAUACUAUAUAGUUGAAAUGCCCUCUGUAAUAUUUGUUAUUCUUCCUAGAUUCACCACAUCAUAAUGAUACUGGUGAAAUAUAAGCCUCAAAGCCAUUCGAUAGACAUAGCCAUCUCCUACACCAUUCGUCAGGGGACAUAUGUUUUGUGUUCAAUUAGAGAAAGCCAUUUCAUUUGAAGUGUUGGGUUUCCCUGGGGAGCAGCCCUUGAUGAAACCUUCUGUCUCUAUAUUUCCAAUCAUGUCUGACUCUGCUCUGGAUGCAGUGACCCACAACCUUGACCCUUUGGCUCCAGGUUUACAGAGAAAAGACAACCAGCUCACCUCACCUAGCCUUGUCGUUGUAAUGUUUUUCACCACCGUCUUUGUUCAUCAUUUCUGUUGCGCCAAGUCUUCCUGUGAUGCUGUUGUACUCACAAUACUAACUCCUCCCAGCUCAACUACAUUUUGUCCUGACAAUUUUUUUUGCCAGUAAUUGGUAACGGGUGUAUUGUGGUCGAAUAGGGGGGGGAAAAAACUGUAUAUUUUAUUGAGCAAUUUCAAGGAAAUUGCUUCAAGAAAUGUGGAAGUUCAUGGCUGUAGAGUGAUAUCCUAUUGUAAAGAGGCUUUUGCCUUUGUGCCACGCCAGAGCCCUGCCAGUCCACUUGAACAGGUACUUGAAUGUCUGAAGACUUGAAGUAGCGUAGUGUGCUUUAGUGACCUUUUUAUUGUGAAGGUGACUGAACUUAAAGGGCCAGUUUCCCAGACACAGAUUAAACCUAGUCCUGGGCACAAAAAACAAACAUUUUCUCAAUGAUGUUCCAUUGAAAGUAAUGUUAGUUCAGGACUAUGCUGGAUCUGGCUCAGGGAAAACGGACAAUAGUGUGUCAGCUGUGAGCCAAAGCUCAACUAUCCAUUUUCUUCAACCCCCCCCCUCCCUCCCCUCCCCUUUGUUGUAUCUCUGUCAUUUCUUAUUGAGGUUGUUAUAGACUCCUUCACAUUUGAUUUCGUUUUCAUAUCGGGAUACAAUCAAUGAAGGUCAGUGUCCACUAGGUUUAUACAUGGCCAAUGAGUUGAUAUUGUCACCGGUGGGCUAUCUACUCUUGCCGUUCUCACAAUGUCAUAUAUGAUAUUAUCAUCAUCAACAUGUAAUACUACAGUACAGAUUAGAUUUAGUAGCUGGUAUAUUGUCAGCAUAUAGUUUUUUCACUACAUUUUUGCAUAUGUUUGUAUUUUCUUUCAGGAAAUGUACUCUGGGAGAAGGAGUUUGGAAUGAACUUGUAUGAUUUGAUAUUGGCCAAGAGAGAUUUACGUUGUAUUUGGUGCUGACUUGGAUCUCUUGGCACUAGACAUGCAUCUCAAUGAUUAUGAAAAGCGUUGGUCCCCGUUUGAAGUUCAGUAAACCAUCUUUGUUUGAAUUCAUGUCAAGCCUUCUUAGGAUUGUCUGAACUUGUUAUCAUCUCAAAAGAGAAAGUCCCCAGCCUUGCACAUUGACUUCAUAGGUGAAACCAGAGACAUUUCAGAAGAUCUUAACUCAUUUCUGUACAUAAACAUGUAUAUUUAUUUUCAUAUGUGAACAAAACCAGACAGUGUAUAGUAUGAAAUGACAGGGGGAAAUAACAGGAUUUCUUGGCUGAGGGAACAGUUGAUGAGCAAAAAGAUUCUGAUUUUGUAAGUUGUACAUUUCUUUUUUUCCACAUUGUUGUCAAUAUAUAUUUUUUCAUUUCCACUGAAUAAAAACAUCCCUAUGUAGAGCAAUUGCAACCAUUAUAGAAAUAAAGUUUCCAUGUAAUUUAAUUCAGAAACACCAAGGAGAUGAGAUGAUACCAAUCAUCUAGAAUUAGAGUUGCUGUGAGCAUUUAGAUUCUGUGAACUGUAUUGCAAUAUGCACCUGGGUCUCUUGUAACCGAUCAAGGAUUUUCUUUUGUUGCUGUAAUAUGUGUCUUCUCAGAUUCACUGUAAUGUUUGUCACUGUCCACGUCUGCAUACUCAUUGAUGCUUCUGGGGAAACUGGCAACUCUCUGACCAUAUCUGGUACAAAUAUAGUCUACUCAAAAUGGUCAUGUUGAAUGAAAUAGACAUAUGACCUUGUAAUACAACACUAGAUCAGUGUGGUUGGUUGGAUGUGCAGGAUGGUUACUGUCCUUGAUUGUGCCUUUAAAAAAAAAAAAAUGUUGGUUUGUGAGCUCAUGAUAACACACACUGCCAUUUUGACCAUUAGUCAGAAGAGGAGCACCAUAUAAGGGUCUCGUUAAUCUCGACAUACACUGGAGUUUCAUCACCACUUUGUUUCAUCCACGACACCUCUGUUCUCUGUUGGAUACCAAACUGUGUUGACGACCAACAAUGCGCCUGCAUGACCACUUUUUCUAUGGAAUUAUUUAUCAGUACUUAACUGUAUCACAAACAGACAAGCUAUUUUUAAUGACUUAAUUUCCAGCUGUCCUGAUGCCUUCCUCCCUCCUACCUUGUAAUUAACAAAUUAAUUUUAUAGGGGUAAUAAAUGAAAUAGAAAAAUGAAGAUUUUGUAAGAAUGAUUUAUAUAUAUAAAAAAAAAUACAUUUGACCAUA